GGUUCAUCCGCACACUUACAACGCUAAUUAAAAAUAAUUUAAAAUAAACCAUGGGUACGGACCACCUCUUACUCGUUGUUUCUACCAUCUUGCUCUCCUCCGCUCUCUGCUACCUCCUCUUCAGCGGAAGGAGCAGGCCGAUGGGCCAAGGCCUACCACUUCCCCCAGGCCCAAGAGGCUGGCCCGUUCUGGGCAACCUCCCGCAGCUCGGUGCUAAGCCUCAUCAGACUCUCGCUGCCCUUUCCAGGCUUUAUGGGCCGUUGUUCCGGAUGCGUUUCGGUUCCGUUGACGUCGUCGUCGCCGCCUCCGCGGACGUAGCUGCUCAGUUCCUCAAGGUCUUUGAUGCCAAUUUCAGUAACAGGCCACCUAACUCCGGUGCCGAGCACAUCGCAUACAAUUACCAGGAUUUGGUUUUCGCCCCCUACGGCCCACGCUGGCGGAUGUUCCGAAAGCUCUGCGCAGUUCACAUCUUCUCCCCCAAAGCCCUCGAUGAUCUCCGUCCUGUUCGUGCUGCAGAAGUCGACGUCCUAGCACGUGCACUCUAUGCACACGCGCACACCGGCACCACUCUGGACCUUGGCAAAGCCCUGAGUGUGUGCGGUAUAAACGCGCUAUCGAAGGCCAUGUUCGGCCACAAAGUGUUCAGAGCCGAAGAAGAGAGCAAAGAAGCUGCAGAAUUGAAAGAGUUGAUUAUUGACAUAAUGAAGGUCGCCGGGGUUUUCAAUGUGGGUGACUUCGUGCCUGCACUGAGCCGGUUUGAUGUGCAGGGUGUCGUAAGAAAGAUGAAGAAGCUGCAUUGCCGGUUUGAUUCCUUUCUUGAUAGGGUCAUCGAGGAGCAUCAGGCGAUGGCGGCGACCGGUGGUGAUCUUCUCAGUGUGUUGAUGAGGUUGAAGGAGGAUGUAGAUAGCACUGAUGGCGUCAAGCUCACUAACACUGACAUCAAGGCUUUACUCUUGAACUUGUUCACCGCUGGGACGGACACGUCAUCGAGCACCGUUGAAUGGGCCAUGUCCGAAUUGAUCCGUCACCCAGAAAGCCUCAGAGAAGCCCAAACUGAACUGGACUCCACCGUGGGCCGAGCUCGUCUCGUCAACGAGGCCGACCUCCAAAACCUCCCAUUCCUUCAGGCCGUCGUCAAAGAAACCUUCCGUCUCCACCCCUCGACGCCGCUCUCCCUGCCUCGCAUGGCUUCGGAAGCUUGCGAGGUCAAUGGCUACCACGUCCCUCGAAACGCGACGCUCCUAGUAAAUGUUUGGGCCAUAGCACGUGAUCCAGCAGUGUGGGACAACCCGCUAGAAUUCAGGCCGGCCCGAUUUCUUUCGGGUGGAGGGUACGAGAAUGUCGAUGUCAAGGGCAACCAUUUCGAACUUAUUCCGUUUGGGUCCGGGAGGAGGAUUUGUCCUGGAUUAAGCUUGGGCCUCAGGAUGGUCCAGUUGGUGACCGCGAUGCUUGUUCACAGUUUUGAUUGGGCCCUGCCCGAGGGCCUUUCAGCGGAGAAGUUGGACAUGGAGGAGGCCUUUGGGCUUACGUUGCAGAGGGCUGUGCCUUUGAUGGUCCAUCCAACUCCUAGGUUGGAAAAGAAAGCUUACGGGACUUGAUGAUGGAUGGGCGUCGACUGUUGGCUGAUUGUUUUGAGAUUGUAAGCUGUUCUCUUUGACAGUGAUCCCAAAUGUUAUGCAAAUAUGAAUAAAGUAUUUUAGCAUAACUAACGUAAUAGUUUUGUGAGCCUAUUUAGCUGAAAAGUCUAUCGGUUGAUUUUCCAUGUUUGAUCUCGAGUUGGUAGGCCAACUAGACACUGUUAUAGUAUGUCUACAUUUAUGUUUAUUUA